UAGUACAAUCGUGUGGAACUUUCAGUUUAAAGAAGUUCACAACACAACGAACUGAUUGGAAGUGAUUUUAAUAUGAGUAUUUCGAUUAACCAAAAUGGAUCAGGUCUAGAACAGCAGAUUGCUGCUCUGGACUUGCAGGAAAGUCGGGGAUCUUCGGGACCGAAGCCUGACAUCUAUGUAAUUCCUCAUUUACGCGAGAAGAAUUCUAAUACUAGUUCUGCUGACUACGAUAGAGGUUACGAGCAACGUGAUCGAUACGAUAGAGGUGAUCGUGACUAUCGCGGUGGUGGUCCAGAUUCAAGGGAUUAUCGCAACGAUUCACGGGAUUACAAAAAUUCUGGCGGUGGAAAUCGCCGCAUUGGUGGUAAUCGCGGUGAUCGCGAUCGGGAUUUCUCGAAUUUUAAGCGUCGCAGCGACUUUCAACCUCAGGAUAAUUUUCAGAACGGUGGCCCCAAGUACUACGAUCGCCGCGGCGAUGAUUGGGGACGCAGCGGACGUGGCGGCGGCGGCGGUGGCGGCAACGGCGGUGGACCGCGUGAGCCGAUUAGAGGGAACAAUCGCUGGCCAGAUGCACCAGCACGUGAGGGUCCAGCACCAGGAUACGGUGGUAAAUGGCGCGGGGGUGACUCUGGACGCCCCAGCCAUGAAGUUGAUUGCACCAUUCCCCUGCCAAAGGAUGAGCUUCUCGAACAGGAGUUGUUCGGUACGGCAAACACCGGUAUUAACUUUAACAAAUACGAAGACAUACCCGUGGAGGCGACGGGAAGCCAUGUGCCACCACAUAUCACAUCUUUUGAUGACAUCAAGCUGACAGAGAUCAUAAGUAAUAGUAUAAGUUUGGCACGCUAUGACAAACCAACUCCGGUGCAGAAAUAUGCCAUUCCCAUUAUACUGGCUGGACGUGAUUUGAUGGCAUGUGCCCAAACAGGUUCGGGCAAGACGGCGGCAUUCCUCGUGCCGAUCCUAAAUCAAAUGUACGAACGUGGUCUGGGAACACCGCCAAGUAGUGGCAAUCGUUCGUACUAUCGUCGUAAGCACUACCCAUUGGGGCUUGUUUUGGCACCCACUCGUGAGUUGGCUACACAGAUUUUUGAAGAAGCCAAAAAGUUCUCAUAUCGCGCCCGAAUGCGCCCCGCUGUCCUCUAUGGUGGUAACAAUACCAUUGAGCAAAUGCAGGAAUUGGAUCGUGGAUGCCAUUUAAUUGUGGCCACACCGGGACGUUUGGAGGACAUGAUAACACGUGGUAAAGUGGGAUUGGACAAUAUCCGAUUCCUCGUCCUAGAUGAGGCUGAUCGUAUGCUAGAUAUGGGCUUUGAGCCACAAAUUCGUCGUAUUGUUGAGCAAAGUAAUAUGCCACCGACUGGGGAGCGUCAAACAUUGAUGUUCUCCGCAACAUUUCCCAAGGCAAUUCAGGAAUUGGCCAGUGAUUUCCUUCACAAUUACAUUUUCCUCGCUGUGGGACGUGUUGGGUCAACAUCUGAGAAUAUAACACAGUCAAUUCUGUGGGUAAAUGAGUCCGACAAGAGAUCCUAUCUGCUGGAUUUGCUCAAUUCAUUUAAGGAUGGCAAUCCGGAUUAUACGAAAGAUAGUCUCACACUUAUUUUUGUUGAGACGAAAAAGGGUGCUGAUGCCCUUGAGGAUUUUCUACAUCGCUAUGAACAUCCAGUGACAAGUAUCCAUGGUGAUCGUACACAGCGUGAACGUGAGGAUGCUCUCAGGUAUUUCCGUUCCGGCGUCUGCCCAAUUCUCGUGGCCACAGCUGUGGCGGCACGUGGCCUGGACAUUCCGCAUGUGAAGCACGUCAUAAACUUUGAUUUGCCAUCCGAUGUUGAGGAGUAUGUCCAUCGUAUUGGUCGUACGGGACGUAUGGGGAACUUGGGGGUGGCAACGAGUUUUUUCAAUGACAAAAAUCGCAACAUCUGCGCUGAUCUUGUGGAAUUAUUGGUGGAGACAAAGCAAGAUGUUCCCGAUUUUCUCGAAGAGAUUCUCACGCAGGAACGUUCAGGUGGACGUCGCGGUGGCGGCGGUGGUGGCGGUGGCAGCCGUGGACGCUACGGUGGCGGUGGGAAUUCCUUCUCAUCGCGUGAUUUCCGUACUCAAUCUUCGGGCAAUCGUGGACAAUCGAAUAGAAACCCUGGAGGUUCCCGUGGCGGCCCAGGUGGUGGCUACGGUAAGGGUCUGUUUUCGUUUUCUUUCUUUUAUUUAUUUUAUACACAAUACUGCCCUUCUUACAGGCAGAUUAUUCAUUCUUUGCUAAUUUUUAUAAACAUCUUCUCUACACAGGAUCCUACUAUGGGAACGGUGGCGCUGGAAAUUACGGUGGAAGUUAUGGGAAUUCGUACUCCAACAAUUCUGGCCCAGACUGGUGGGGAGAUUAAAUUACAUAUUUUGCAUUACAAAGCAAAAUGGACGGAAAAAAAAUAAAUUAAAGGGGGAGACUUAGGAAACAAAAAAAAUUACAAAAUGAAUUGCAACAGAAGAAAAAAAAAAAGAAACAAUCUCUUUAUUUACUCCUCCCUCCUACAUACUACACUAUACUUUUUAAUAAAUAAAUAAUAUACAAGAUUUACUUUCAUGUGAAUAAAAUACAAAAUUUAGGAGGAAAAAAAUAUUGUAAAAAACUUUAAUUGCAAAAGAAAAAAAAUUCAAUAAAAAACAACAUAAAAGAAAACCAAUUGCAUCUCUCCCUCUUAAACCCCUCAAUUUAUUCUCAAAUCUUUACUACACUAAUUUAUUUCAAAAAGAAUAUAUUGAUAAAUAAAUAAAUGAAAAAAAAGUAUAAAUGAAACUAAGAAAAAUAUAAAAUAUGAAGAAAAUAGAUGUAACAAAAAAUAGGAACACAUAGUUAAAAAAAAAAUAAAUUUAACGAUGGAAAAUGAGAUAAAAUGGUAUAUAAAAAAUAACUGUUAAAAAAAUAAUUUUCCCUAUAUAGAAAACUAUUGAAAGGAAUAAAAAAUGAGGAGAAAGAAUUAUUAUAUUAUAAACGGAAAUUGAAGAAGAAAAAAAAUAAUGUAAUAACAUUUAAAAAUUUUGUUGGUGUGUACAAUUUUUCGAAUUUAUUGUGUACAAUGAGAGAUGUUCAUGAGACAAAGAAAACCAUUGAACAAUUUUCUUUAGGAGUUGGGGGAGGGUAGGUCGGAUAAUUUGUGAAAUUAUAACGACUCAACCCAGCACUUUGUUUAGAAAAAAAAAAGAACAAUUUCCGUAUUUAUUUUUGAGUAUGAUAUAUUUUCAUUUAAUUAUGCUGUCCCAAUUAAAUAAAAAAAAGAAUAUAAUAGACAUUAUUAUGCAAAAUAUAGAGAAAAAAAUGAAGCAUAAGAUCCACAGCAAGCGUGCAAAAGAUUUUUACGCAUAAAAAUUCAAUGCAAUUCUUAUUUUUUGGCCGGAUGCAGAAAUGCUAAAUUUUUGUUUUAAAUUAAUAAAAGAAAAUCUAAUAACUUUUGUACCGAAUUCGUUGCAGUUGCAGCCGUUUUAUUGAUGAUGAUGAUUAUAAGAAACAAUCCACAUUUAUGAGGAGAAAAAAAAACCCAAAAGAACAAGAAGAGAAAAAAGGAUACAUACAGAAAUUACGCAAAAGAGUUCCUAAAUAAGAAAAAAAAAUAUUCCGUCUAAUGAGCGGAAUAUUGGAAACAAAAUAAAAGAAAUCUAAAUGGGACUUGUACUUUUCUCAAAUUCACAGGAGAACAACAAAAAAAUGAAGAAUACAAAUAAAAAAAAUGGAUUAAUUAAGAUUAAAAAAAAAGAAAUCUAUAAUAUGCAAACGACUGUGAUAAGUGCGAUCUAUUUUUAGGAGAAAACAAGAUAAGAACAUUUUCUUCCGUGUGCAAAAAAAAUGGCAAAUUUUGAAGGAUUACAAAAGGAAUGGCAAAAAGGAAAAAGUUUUGAAAAAAAUGGCUUAGGACACACACAGAGACAGAAUAGAACAAGAAUUUGGUAUGGGAAUUCUUCCAGCGAUUUUCUCUUUCAGUACAAAAUCCAUCGAACUUUACUUUCACGUUCUCUUUUUUAUUUUUUUGUUUGUCAAAUAAGUUAAUAAUGUUUAAUUAAUUAAAAGAAGAUGAAAAAAAAUAUCAAUACGUAUAUAUUUUAUUAUUAUUAUUAUAUAUGUGAAAAAUCGUUAAAUAUUUUAACAAUAUAAUAAUGUAAUAAAGAGAUUUGCGUGCCGCGUGAAAAGCUGUGACUGCAACUUGUAGAAACAAAAGGGAGAAAAAAUAUUAAUUUUAAUGAAUAAAAUGAAGUUGUAAUAGGAAGGAAAGAAAAAAAAAGCAAAUGAGGAUAACAAAAGAAUCCUAAUGAAUGAUUGAUUGAGCUUUUUUUUGAAGGAUUUACUUUAAUGACACAUUUAAUGAUUAUUUCAAACUAUAAAAGAAAGUAUAAAUAAUAUAACAAUUUAUUUACUUUUUGUCUUUUAGGGAUGGCAGAUUCUUUUUGCUAUUUUAUUAUUGUCAUAAUAAUCACACCCUUACUAAAAUAAUGUAUAAUGUAGUUUUUUCACGUUUUUUUCUUAUGCAUUUAGUAAGAAAAAAAUUUCAUAAUACACACCCAUGCUAAGCUAAAUAAUAUUGUAAUAAUAAAGUGGCAUAAAAAAUAUUUUAUUUAUUUUCCAGCAAAUUCCAUAAUGUGAUCUUCCCGAAACCUAAAGGAGGUUAUUCGUUUCAAUAUGGGGAAAAUCAUUUAUUCGAAGAAUCAAUCAGGAUACACGAAAUUUUGAUGAGGAUAAAAAAAGAGCCAAAAAUCACAAAAAGUCUUAAAAACGCAAUCAAUGACGUCACUAUUAUGUUUCUGUCGUUGCAUGAAACAUUCUUGCUGAUGUUUCAUUCAGAAGCUUGGCAUGGUUUUGCUUUGAUCAUACUCAUGAGUGUAAACUAAUUUUCCGUUUGGAAAUGAUUUUUUUUUGUGAAUCUCUACAUUCUCUUUGUGGUCUGAGAAACAAAAACAUCAUUCAUGUAUGAAACAUCAACGCGAAUAUUUCACGCAUUGAAAAUAGGAUGAUGUCCAACUCCAAAAAAUCGUUUGAUUUGAGUUAAUUUCAAGCAGAGAAGAGGAUUUAUUUACAAAAUUUCAAUCGAAUAAAAAGAACAAUAAUGACGUCAUUACGUGAAUUUUUUGGAAUAUUCCUGGCAAGUUUUUCUCACGAGAAAAUAGAAAACCUUUUUGGAGAUUUCUUAUUCUUCUUUGGUCUUUUACAAAAUUACUCGUAUUCCGAAUGUUUUCUCGAAUGAAUGAAUUUCCCACGUAGAAAUGAAUAAACUCCUUUGAAUCUAAAAAUAAAAUCAAUUUUCUUGAAGAAAAAGUCUAAAAUUCUGCAGCAAAAAAAGCUCCAUUUUGCUACCAUAUUUUAGCAUGGGAGUGUAAUAUUUAUUAAUUCCCACUGCAAUUAAACAAGAAAAGAAGAACUUUACACCGAAGAGAAUUAAAUAUAAAUAAAAAUUAAUCUUUUGUCCAUUGAGAGUUUAUUUCACAACUUAUUUUUUUUUCUUUAAACCUCAUGACACAAAAUCUAUUAAUUAUUUAUACUGUAAUAAAAGAAAUUAAUUCACAAAGUGUAAUGAAUAUAAGAAAAAAAGGAAAAAAAAACUUAGAAAUUGUGGUAGAAUUAAAAGUGAAAAAAGCUUAAA